AUGCGCAAGACCAUACCCUGCCAGGCAUGCCGUAAUCGACAUGUGAAGUGUGACGGCAAGAAGCCGGCAUGUACUCGGUGCAGACGCUCGGGAUCCUCGUGUGUCUGGCAGACUGUCCCAUCCGGGUUCCGUCAUGGCUCCAGUGCCCGCUACGACGCCGAUUUUGCCGAGGAUCAGGUCUGGGUUCCGAUUGCUCAAGAUUACAAGUAUGUCGACGAAACAGCCGAUGUUGCCCGAGACUAUUCCCUGGAACUGGGCGAAGACACCCCAUGGGCACUAGAGCGGCAUCAUAGUGUUUCUUCUGUGACCGAGCAGCGCGUAUUGACAGAGUCUUCUAUCACGAAUGACGCAGUUGGAUCGUUUUCAUCGGGUCCUUGGGUUUCACAGCAGGCCAACGGGACUACCUACUCAUCAGACCCCUAUCUCUCACCCACGAACAGCUAUUCUAUAUCUCCAGCCUCCAUUCAUCUUUCUCCUACCAGUCAUGCAAUUCCAGUAACAGAUAACUCCGUUGCUACACAGACUGGGUUGGUCAAUUUCGACGAGCAUGAGGCUUGUCUGAUGCGCUAUUUUGUAGUCCAACUCGGUCACUGGUUUGAUACAUGCGAUGGACAAAGGCACUUUGCAUGUACCGUACCAGUACGAGCACUCACAUGUCCGCCUUUACUCAACGCAAUAUACACAGUCUCAGCAAGACACUUGAGCCGAUCCAAAAAGUACCAUGUCGGGAAUCAAGUGAAAUAUGGAGGCAAAUACCUGCCCAAGCUGACACCGGAAACUGCCAUUGAAUACCACAACCGAUGCAUCUCCUACUUCGUCUCUCUAUCCGACCACUCUCAAGAAACCCAAGACGAAAACCUCCUAGCAGCAGCCGUCAUUCUACGAUUCUACGAAGAAGUAGACCUCCCCACAAUGGGCGAAGACACCGAAUCCGCUCUCCGCGGCAUUCAAAUCUUCCUUGACGCCCAAGCAAUUUCAGCAGUAUCAGGAACUGGCCUCCGCCACGCAGCCUACUGGAUCGCCCUCCGCCAAGAAAUAAUAACAGCCUUCUCCAAACAACGCUCCUUCCGCCUCCCCCUCGGCCCCUGCGAACCAUACCGCACCUUUGUCCCAGCAGACGACUAUGUCUGGGCCGACAGACUAGUAAUCCACUGCGCAGACGUCCUCCAAUUUUGCUUCGGCUCCGACGAAGAAGACGAAUCCCAACCCUUUCCACCCUCUCCAGAAUCCCGCAUCGCCCGCUACGACACCCUCGUCUCCUUCGAGUCCCUCUGGCAAGACCUCGGCCCCUCAUCCUUCAACCCUGUGUACGCCCGCGAACCCGACCCCGGCCGCGGCGAGGUCUUCCCGGAACUCUGGUACCUGAAUGAUUGCCACGUCGCGGGCCUGCAGCAUCUCGAGCUUGCGCGCAUCCUGCUCGCUGUGUAUAAUCCGCGGCUACCGCGCCUUGGGCCCGGACAGAGGACGGCCAUGCGGGCUGUUGAUGCGCAGGUGCGCGGGAUCGUGCUGCGGAUUUGUGGGAUUGCGAUGUCGAAUUUGCAUAGUCCGCCUGGACUGGUUACGGCGAGCGUUGCUAUUGGCAUGUGUGGGGAUCGGUUUGUGGAUAGGGUUGAGCAGGAGGCGCUGUUUGGGGCGCUUGUGAGACUAGAGGAUGAUUAUGGGUAUCCUACGCAUAAUAUGCGCGCGCAGUUAGGGGAGGCUUGGGGUUGGGAGGGGUAUUAA